GUCCGGAGUGCGUAGCGAUGUAGAGUUUGUUAGGUCGGGUGAGGUUGGUGUCUUUUAAUCAAGACGGCUAUAAGACUUAUGGAUGAUUGGGUAUGACCCCGGUGAACUAUGUCUCGAAACGUUCUUGGACGGAAACGUACAGAAACAGCAGCUGGGGAAGGGAUCUCGGAUAGCGACAGUGAUGGACCGGAGAGGCGCGUGCCCGCGAAACCCCGACCCAAACGGCGACGCAUCCUGGACUCUUCGGCGAUGACCACCGUGCAAAUUUACUCUAAAAAGGUGGACAGCGAUUUAAAGCUCCGCCCGUUGUCCUUCCGGACAGAGACCCUACAAGGUAACCAAGAUGGAGACGUAGAGGACACGAGCCCUCAGCUUCCGGUCGUGGAGUGUAUCGAGCUGUCCGACUCGGAAGAUGAGAAGCAGGACCGGAAGACCCAGACCCAGCCCGUGACCCAGCCCGACCCGCAGCCCGAGCCGCAUGGCUCCAUCCAGUCCCCCUCUCCCCCCCCUCCUCCCUGUAAAGGCGGCCGGAGACCCAACAGGAAACUCAUGGAGAUUAACAGGAAGUUGGAUGCUAUUGGUUCCCUGCUGAGUCCAUCUCCAGAGCGACGGGGCCUUGUUCCUAACCACAGCCAAUCAGUUGCUGCGGAGGAAGAGCAUGAUGAUGAUGAUGAAGAAGAUGAUGAUGAUGAUGAUCUUGUGAUUGUGGACCCACAGAGGCAGCGGGUCCGGCCGCCUGCGCCUUCAGAACCACGCCCGGCGGCCCGCCACGUUCCACUCAAGUUCCGCUGCAGAACCGAGAUCCUCCGCAUCCCCCUGCUCACGACAGCUCCUCUGAAGUUGGCUGUGGAAGAGCUGUCAAUCAAACUGAAAGUCCCGCCCUCACGCCUUCUGCUGCUGAGGAAGGAGGCGGAGCUUCCUGUCACCUCCACCAUCAGCGAGCUGGGGCUUGGCAUCGCUGACAUCAUCGACUGUGUGGUGAUUAGUGAAGACAGCCAUGAGCAUGAUGAUGGUAACCAUGGUGAGGGUGAUGUCAUCACUGUGCGACUGCAAGGCAAAGAAAAGGGAUCCCAACAGGAAUACUCUGUACACAAGCGGGAGCCCCUGGGUUCUGUCCUGACCAGCUACACCUCCGCACUGACCCCUGCCCUCAGACGCAAGGCCCGCUUCCUGUUCGACGGGUCAAAGGUCAACCCUACUCACACGCCCCUCGACCUGGACAUGGAGGACGGAGACGUGGUCGAGGUGUGGUUCUGAGACCACGGAUAUUUUCCUAAUCAUUUUUCACUCUUUUUGAAGAGUGUCAUUCAGUUAAGACAAAUUAUCUCAGUGUCUGUACAGAUGAAUUUGUUUAAUUUAAAUAUUGUACGAUUUGUAAAGUGUUUUUGUAACAAAAUAAACAUACUGGGGAAUCUGGUUUUACUAUAUU